CCACGUUCCAUUGUUGUUCUUCAGGAUGCCGUGUUUGCUGGUUUUCACAGUGCUGACCCUGGCCCUCCAACCCGUACUCUCGCUCUACAACUGCUCCUCACUUUAUGAGAGAGUGCCAAAUAAUGAUGACCUGAAUGUGGACUGUGGAGUCAACAUUAUCAAACUGGAGGUUAACCUAUGCACAGCACAGUGGGCUGGUUUUGACCCAACCGGCCUGGCACUAAAUGGCAUGCACAAUAAUAGCCAGUGCAUGGGCACUAUAGACACCAGCGUGAAUCCUCCUGUCAUCCGGUAUCAACUACCGGUCAACGACACUCAGGGCAACCUGUGCCGGCAGUCACUUCAGAUUGUAAAUGAGAUUCCCAGCCCGUCUGGACCUUUCAGUGAUUUCUCCACCAUCCAGUCAGUCGUCAUCACCAGUUACAUUGACACCCCAACCUCCUCGGCAGGUGUCGUCAGCUAUUCCACAGACCUCUACUAUCACUUUUCCUGCCGUUACCCUCUCGAGUACCUCAUCAACAACACCAAGAUAGUGGCAUCAUCGGUAUCAGUAGCGACUAAUGACAAAAAUGGAAGCUUUACUGAUACCCUCAGCAUGAGCGUUUACAACGAUACUACCCUUUCCCAUCCAUUGGUGAUCCCACCUAGUGGACUACAACUGCGAACCCGUGUCUACGUAGACGUGAAAGCAGUUAAUCUUUCUGGAAACUUUAAUCUCUUAUUGGACCACUGCUUUGCAACUCCAUCGCCUUAUAGCUCCAACAACAGUUCACAAUUCGACUUUUUCACAGUGUGUAAUACUGACCCUCGGACUACUGUCCUGAGCAACGGGGUUGCUAAAAGUAGCAGGUUCUCCUUUGAGACGUUUCGUUUUGCGGAGCAUCGCAACCUAGACAAGUCCACCAUCUACAUUCAUUGCAUACUGAGACUCUGUGAGCCUGACUCAUGCCAGAACAUUAUUAAUUCUUGCAAUGGUAGAAGAAAGAGAUUUGCGGAGGUGCAGUCUGGACAACUGAACACAGCAACAUUGACAACGGGGCCACUUUAUACAGCUGCCCAAAUUCCUGAACCAACUGCUUCUGCGUAUGCAGGAGGCCCGGGAUUGUCCAACAGAGGCCAGGAGAACAUUGCUGGGGUGGUGGUAGGGACUAUUUUUGCUACUGCUGGUGUAUUGCUACUUGUUCUGGCUGGAUGGUUUGUGAUGAAGAAAGUCUGGUAGGUUGGUGACCUGUUUUUAAAGAAAAGAGCCAGCAGAGCCAGCCAGUCAUCAAGCAACAAGAGCUGAACUUCAAAGACAGCUUAGUAUACUGUAUCUAUUUCUUAUUGUGCAUCGCAAGAACAUCUAACAUCUAACUAGAUACCCUAGAUUAUAAAAAAAGUAUUUUAAAAUCAUCUCAAUCUGUAAAUACAACAUUUUGUGUUUAACUUGAGGAAUUUAUAUACUGCUUUAUAAGAAUAAAAGUGUUUAUUGUAGCACUUACAGUUCAUUUGAAGAUGUGCCACAUCAUUUUUUGAUAAUCUUAUCUUGAGAGGUUUACAUACAUUGUGUCAACUGUAUUUCACUCUAGAAAUAAUUGUGGCAAACUACUAUUUAUUCAGAGUGUGUUGAUUUGUAUCAUUUCCCAAUCCUAAAAUUAAUGAAUUACAUUUUAUAUACAGAUACAAUUUUUGUUAAUUUUACUUGAGAAGACAACAAUUGGCAAAAUAUAUAUAUACAGCCUACACAUACACACAGACCCUUUUUAUGCUUUAAUUUACAUGCAUUUAAAAAAAUUGAACACU